GGCGAGUUCGAUGCUAUCUUAAAAGAAAAUCCCAGCACUCUCGUAGUCAUUGAUUUCUAUGCUACCUGGUGCGGACCAUGUAAAAUUAUUGGACCAAAAUUCAUGAGGAUGUCGGAUGAGUUCACAUCGGUGAUUUUCAUCAAAGUCGACGUUGAUGAGAGCGUAAGAUUUUCUUUUCAAUACCGACUUUUAUUUAUCCUCAUUCAAUACCGACUUUUAUUUAUCCUCAGCAUGAAUAAUCAUUGUUUUGGUUUAUUAAUGAGCUUAUAA